AUGCCCAGCUCCCUAGAUGCGUCUCCUCAAUACGCAGACCAAAGGCUCGAGGAGUUCCACAGCUCCAACGUCCCGCGAUAUGCUUGCUUGUCGCACACCUGGGGCGCCAACGAGAUCGACACCAUCUGCAUUGACAAGAGCAGCAGCAGCGCGGAGCUCUCUGAGACCAUUAAUUACUUCUUACAGCUAUUAUCCGACGUGUCCAACAUACUCAAAAGCUAUCUUGCUGGCACGUCCGAGUUGAAAUAUGCCAGCAUCGCGCGGAGGAUGUUGUGGGCCUCAAAGGGAAACACCACCCGCAGUGAAGACCUCGUCUACUCACUGAUUGGCAUCUUUGACGUCCACAUACCCUUCCUCUACGGCGAAGGGGACAGGGCCUUCCUUCGGCUACAGCAGGAGAUCAAUCAUGUGAGCCUCUAG